AUGUUCAAUGAGCCCACAACGGCCUUGAGGGAAACAGCACAUACGUCUCCAUCGACACGUUCAACAGUUGUGCCGAAACGAGCCCGUGUAGACGGUCCCGAUGGCCUGGUAUCUUCUGUUGGCAAAAAACGAUCAGGCGCAACAGUAGACGACACUGUGUCCAAACCGAAUGUCACCUUGCCUACAUCGAGCGCCAAAAAAAAGCCGCAGUCGAAUGUUACUUCAACUCAAGCCGGACCAUACAAGGCUAAGGAUCAUAUUAAAGCUACAGGAGGCUCUGCGAAGCCUCAAUCAAAGCCGACAAAGUCGUCAACUGCUCCAAAUCUUUCCAAAUUGCCAGACACUGCUACCCCUCGUCGUGUUUCAGAUGCAAACCUUGCAUUGCGACCCGGAGAAUCAGCAGACAAUUCUAGGAACAAAGAUACCCCAUCCACAACAACAACUACUACUACUACAGUGGCACGUCCUGCAACGCUCGAUGGCCAACCAAGUCUCAAGCCUUCUACGGCUGCUAAUACGACCCCUAAGGUCGCACCUAGGCUCGCUGGACCUUCUCGUCCAAAACCGAUUAAGCUGUUUAUGGACAAAUCCACUAAAAGACAACGACCAAGGGUGAAUGAGUAUACCUCGAAAGACUCGACUGACACUCAAUUCGCCAAUCUGGCUUUGCAAAGAAGAAUGCAACUCUACAGUCACAACGAGCCGGCCCCUGACCCGAACGCUCUGAGGUUUAUUGACCCAUCCACUGGAAAGAUUAUCGACAAUGCAAACAACGCCUCAACAAACGCGCUACGACUAGAUACCGACGUGGAAAGAGUGUCUGAUGUGGCGUUAUCGGAGAAGUCGGCGCCUGGUUUGGAGGCUCGUUCUGCUUCCAUCUCUGACAUUCGACGAACUCCUCUCAAUGGGCGCGUGUCAAUGCCUCAGUCAGCACAAGAAGCUGCACUAAAGUUUGCAUAUCCAUCAGCUCAGCCAGCUCCGCCAGCUCCGCCCCGCUUUAAUACCAAAGGCAUAACUUGCCGUUUCUGGCUCAGAGGGACAUGUAAGAAGAGCGAGUCAGAAUGCAUCUAUGCGCACGAAUGGACAGGUGUCCUUGACAAGAAGAAGAAUGCCCCGUGUACGUUUUUCCAAAACGGAGGAUGUAUGUUCACCGACCAACAAUGCGAGUACCAACACAAUACUUCUUCGAAGCAUGGGGAGCGGGAAGAUGUCAAUGACUACAGGGCACUGCAAGGGCCCGAGCGAUUAAGGCGUCGCUCUGAAAGUCCCGAUCACUCUGGAAAACGUCAGGAUGAGGUUGAAGGACGAAGAGGCAGAUCAAGCCUGUCACAGAUCAAGACUCGUCUCGAUGAGCGAUCUCCGAUGAUAUCGCCGUCGCUGGCAUCGACCGCAACAUUCGAGACUAGAAAUGAGUCAGACACACAUGUGGCACAUCCUAGGAUGCGUUUGGACGUAGACUACGAGUCGUCGGCAAACGCGGUUGGUCUACUUGACGUCGCGACUUCAGACCCUGGAAAUCAACCAGAUCUUUCAGAACCCGUCAAUGCAUGUCUCACAGUCAGCCCUGCCUCCCCGCCAGUCUUCACCAUGGAUGUGAAGCUGAGUUUUGACACAAAAUCUUGUCGAUCAAACUUUUUAAGCACUUAUGGCGAGAACGUCUCUCUCGAAGGCACAGAUAUAUGCCGCUCACGCGACUUUGAGGCAUAUUGGUUUGAGGCUGACAAGACCCUUGCGUCGGGUCAAAUCGUUUCUGCAGUAGGAGACACUAUGGUUGCUUAUCUCGAGGACUUCCUAAUACUACACUCUUCUGGUGUUGUGGUCCGAGGCGAGAAAUUCGUACUGGUGGUAUAUCCUACACAAAAUCCGGAUUGGAAGUUCAUGCCCCAUAGAGGCCCCGAAAGAUCGGGCCUCCGAUGGCACCUACAAGGCGCAGGACCAGAGAUGCUCGAGCCACUUGUAACUAAACCAACCAAAAGUUCAUUUCCCUCUAUGUGUACCGAACACUUGGGCCUCGAUUCUGAAGUCCUGUUCGCAACAAACAAGGGCAAGCAGACCGACAAGCUCGUGUGUCUUUUCUUCCCUAGAGAAGCGCCAGAAACCAAGGUCGUCGAGGCUUUCUUGGUCGAUUCAAGAGCGAAAAUCUGCUUCUCAGACGAUCACGAGCGCUGGGCCCAAUUCUGCAAUAACAAAGGGUCAUCCGGAGUGAUCCUAUUCCACCCCUCGAUGAAUGCUUUCUGGAAGGUUCCUGAGUUCUAUAGUGUCCUGGCUACCACAGCUAACGUCUUCCAAAUCGGUGUUUCAAAAUCCAGCAAAUCUCGUCCUGAUUUGCCCAUGCAAUACAGCUGCACACGACUCUUUCCCAACGGCUCACUCACUCUCAUCACUGAUGACAUAUUCAAGUAUUACCCAGCCCUAGCCGUCAGAGUACUUGAGAGCUUCGAAAGCCUAAAGCUUAAGGCGCAAGGCGCACGAUGCGACCGUAUUUACUGUCGCCCUGGCAUACUGGCUUGGUUGGCAGAACUUAUCGAUGAGGACUGUGAACAGGGCAUUUCCACCGAAGACUCUCCCAGAGUCAGGUGUUGGCAGCUAGCCUGUGACCUUCUCAACGUCACUGUCGCCGACAACAGCAGCAAUCCUUUCCGUUCCGAUAUGGGACCUCCGCCAUUGCUCUAUUCGCCACGAAAGAGCCAGAUGCCCGAAUACGGUCCUCUGUGGGACAGUAGCGAACAAGAAGCUACCGAUUUUCUGGUCGGUUGGUUCGCAGGCCACUGUGUGGACGAGUGCGAAAGCUACAGACGCUUUACCGUCGUCUAUGAGCAGCAUGGCGCUACAGCACCUCAGACACCUGGCUUGCUGCAGUCCGCAAACCCUAAAGACCCAAAGGGGUGGAUGCUGAAGUAUCGUCAUCUAAAGGUCACCACGCCCAACAGGUUGCUGGCAGCCCGCGAAGAAUACGAGAAGUCUAAGAUGAGACAGCGUUGA